AUGAGGCAGAGAAAGGUGAGUGGUGUCAUUGAGCAAACACGAAGUCGGGCUCAUCCAAGGAUGAGAUUUUGCCAGAGAAAGGACGAGCAGCAAGUCAGGGAGCUUAAGGUAAUUAUGGGAAAGAGCGUCUCUGCCCGGCCGCCCCGUCUGAGAAGUGAGGAGACCUUCCACCUGGCAACCGCCCCGUCUGAGAAGCAAGGAGCCCCACCGCCCGGCUGCCACCCCAUCUGGGAAGUGAGGAGCGUCUCCGCCCGGCAGCCACCCCGUCCGGGAGGGAGUGUGACCUUGGAGAUACCUCAUCAUAUUACACAAAGAGAUGCAGAUAGAUCUUUGAGCAAACCUGAUGAACAGUUACACUCAUUUGCGGUUUCCACUGUGCACAUUACGAAGAAAAGAAAUGGAGGUGGGAGUUUAAAUAACUAUUCCUCCUCCAUUCCAUCGACUCCCAGCACCAGCCAGGAGGACCUUCAGUUCAGUGUUCCUCCCACUGCCAACACACCCACGCCCGUUUGCAAGCGGUCCAUGCGCUGGUCCAACCUGUUUACAUCUGAGAAAGGGAGUGACCCAGACAAAGAGAGGAAAGCCCCGGAGAAUCACGCUGACACCAUCGGGAGCGGCAGAGCCAUCCCCAUUAAACAGGGCAUGCUCUUAAAGCGAAGUGGGAAAUGGCUGAAGACAUGGAAAAAGAAAUAUGUCACCCUGUGUUCCAAUGGCGUGCUCACCUAUUAUUCAAGCUUAGGUGAUUAUAUGAAGAAUAUUCAUAAAAAAGAGAUUGACCUUCGGACAUCUACCAUCAAAGUCCCAGGAAAGUGGCCAUCCCUAGCCACAUCGGCCUGCGCACCCAUCUCCAGCUCUAAAAGCAAUGGCCUAUCCAAGGACAUGGACACCGGGCUGGGUGACUCCAUAUGCUUCAGCCCCAGUAUCUCCAGCACCACCAGCCCCAAGCUCAACCCGCCCCCCUCUCCUCAUGCCAAUAAAAAGAAACACCUAAAGAAGAAAAGCACCAACAACUUUAUGAUUGUGUCUGCCACUGGCCAAACGUGGCACUUUGAAGCCACGACGUAUGAGGAGCGGGAUGCAUGGGUCCAAGCCAUCCAGAGCCAGAUCCUGGCCAGCCUGCAGUCAUGCGAGAGCAGUAAAAGCAACUCCCAGCUGACCAGCCAGAGUGAGGCCAUGGCCCUGCAGUCAAUCCAAAACAUGCGUGGGAACUCCCACUGUGUGGACUGUGAGACCCAGAAUCCUAAGUGGGCCAGUUUGAACUUGGGAGUCCUCAUGUGUAUUGAAUGCUCAGGAAUCCACCGCAGUCUUGGCACCUGCCUUUCCCGUGUGCGAUCUCUGGAGCUGGAUGACUGGCCAGUUGAGCUCAGGAAGGUUAUGUCAUCUAUUGGCAAUGACCUAGCCAACAGCAUCUGGGAAGGGAGCAGCCAGGGGCGGACAAAACCCUCAGUAAAGUCCACGAGGGAAGAGAAGGAACGGUGGAUCCGUUCCAAAUAUGAGGAGAAGCUCUUUCUGGCCCCACUACCCUGCACUGAUCUGUCCCUGGGCCAGCACCUGCUGCGGGCCACCGCUGAUGAGGACCUGCAGACAGCCAUCCUGCUGCUGGCACAUGGCUCCCGUGAGGAGGUGAACGAGACCUGUGGGGAGGGAGAUGGCUGCACGGCGCUCCAUCUGGCCUGCCGCAAGGGGAAUGUGGUCCUGGCGCAGCUCCUGAUUUGGUACGGGGUGGACGUCAUGGCCCGAGAUGCCCACGGGAACACAGCGCUGACCUACGCCCGGCAGGCCUCCAGCCAGGAGUGCAUCAACGUGCUUCUGCAGUACGGCUGCCCCGACGAGUGCGUGUAGUAUCUGUUUUAUUUGACUGCAGUCUCCUUGGUGCAAAAACAAAAUGGGAAAAAUAAGGAUAACUCAGAAUUUCAAAAGGAAAUCACAAAUUCAGCUAGUAAUAGCAUUUUCAGUACUUUUCGUAAACUAAGUAAAUACACAAAAUGUUGAUUUUUCUGACCAUAAGACAUAUUUUAUGUCCUUUUGCCAAGGUGGAUGUGUUAGUCUCAGGCCCUCCUGGCCACAUUGCCCAAGUCACACAGGCUUCUGUAUUAUGUAUUUAGAUAAAAUGUGUGAAAAUAUAUUUGAAAAAAAGUUCAUAAAUAUGCAUUGAUUUUUGUACA